AUGCAUAAUCAAGAUCAGGAAUCACAGUUGAAUAAUGUUCAAGAAAAGAUGGUCGGGGAGGACAUCGCGAUGAAAGAGUGCUUCCGUGAGAUCAUGCCAAUGGUGGUGGAUAAUCAUGUUAAGCUUGAUUCCGGGAUCAACCCCGUACUGCAGGCCGUACAAAAAUCAUCGUGGAGAGCAAGUGAGGACAUGAAGGAACUGCACAAGACGAUGAUUGAGAUGCCUUCCAUGUUGGUGGGAUCCGAGGUGGCCAGGAGGCAACGAGUGGUCGCAAAAGAAACAUAG